AUGAAAACUCAUAAUUUGGUUCCUAGAGACUUCCGAAAGAUAACCAGGCAUUAUCAUGGCAGUAGUGCCGCAUCAAUAAAUAACAUAAAUGUCGAUAUUGUGCCAUCGAUAGUCACCAGAGGAAAUAGUAUUUUACUUAAUUUGUCCAACAUAAAAGCGUUGAUUAAAAGUGACACGGUAGUGAUAUUCGACAGUCUUUCAAAUAGUUCGGGAUCCAGGAUGAAUGAAUCACACUCUCAUGGAUCGCUUCUUAAAGAUAUGAACGAGAAAUUGAAACCAAAAAAAGAACAAGAUGAUUUGCCAUAUGAAUUCAGGGCACUCGAAUGUAUAUUAAUUCACGUUAUGUUGAACUUAACUACAGAGAUGAAUGUUCAUAAAACUGUAUUGCAAAAUAUUCUAUCGAGAUUAGAGGAAUCUAUAGAAAGAGUCAAAUUACGGUAUUUAUUAAUACAAUCAAAAAAGAUAGCACAGUUUCAUCAAAAAACGACAUUAAUUAGAGACUUACUCGAUAAUAUACUAGAACAGAAUGAUGAAUUAAAUGCAUUGUACCUUACUGAAAUAUCAAAGGGAAAGCCUCGUUUACAAGCAAACCACGCAGAAGCAGAAAUGUUAUUAGAGUCGUACUAUAAAACUAUCGAUGAAAUAGUGCAAACUGUUGAAAAUUUGAGAUCUCAAAUAAAAACCAGUGAAGAAAUUAUCAAUAUUGUUUUAGAUUCUAACCGUAACGAGUUGAUGUUGUUAGGAUUAAAGUUUUCCACUGGCUUAUUAUCGAUGGGUUGUGCCUUGUAUAUUGCUGCAUUAUAUGGUAUGAAUUUAGAAAACUUCAUCGAGGAGACUGAUGGUGGAUUUGAACUUAUUGUUGGAGGAGGUUCUAUUCUUUUGUUACUUCUUUUGUUAUUCAGCGUGAAACAAUUGAAAAAGGUACAAAGAAUUACUAUGACUGGUAUGGGAAGAGAAAACUCAAGGAGAUCUAAUAAGCGUAAUAAAUGGUAA